CGUUACGAUUACCUGGCGUUUGACAGUUUAAGGUCGGAUUAUUGUUCGGAAGGUGAACCCUACCGGACGAAAAGAAACAAAGGCCUAUCCUAGCUCAACUCUCACAGAUACUCCUUGCAGUAUAUCCUUUCUUUGCAAUCAUGCUCUUCUUUUACUUCAGCUCAGGCCACGGUGGCUCAUGGUCCAUCGGGCCUCUGAUAGCUUUGUUGCCGAUCCUGCUGCAACUGGCGCCCUACGUUCUGCAGAGUGGAUUGGCGCCGGUUCUGACCUUUUCCUGGGGACCUACUGAAUUCCAUACUUCUAAGGGUCUUAUCAGCGCAGUCCUGAUGGCUGUGAAUUACCUUUUGAUACCCGCCAUCGGUGUUUGGGGCAUGGCGCGGUUUGUACGUUGGGUUCGCGGGAACGGGGGUUGGAGGUUUCUGCUGCGGCUGUUGCUCCAGGGCUACCAGGCUGGUGGGGCGCCGCGUGCCCCUGCCCCGCAGCAGCGGCGGCAGGGCCGUGUGACCGUCGAGGAGGUUGCUGACGCGCUUACAAAGCUACCCACGGAGACGUACAUGACGCCCGAGCAGCUGGCGGCGCUCCCUGUACACGAACUCAAGGCGCUUCUCCACGGCCGCGGCCUGCACCCCACGAACUGCCUGGAGAAGAGUGAGCUGGUGCGGCAGCUGCUGCAGCACGGCGGCUCCAGCGCGGAUUCGUGCAGCAUUUGCUGCGAGGACUACGUGCCAGCUGCGGCGCCAAGCCAGGCGGGGGCGGACGCAGAUGCGGAAGAGUCGCCGGUGGUGCUGCGUGUGCUCCGCUGCGGCCACCGCUUCCAUGUAGAGUGCGUGGACAAGUGGUUCCUGUCGGCUACCGACUACACACGUGCCCCGGCGUGUCCGCUGUGCAAUGCGCCGUUGUUGCCAGGACAGCCUAGCAGCAGCAACGGGAGUCGAGGAGCACAAUGAGGGGUUGCAGGGGAAUGCACGGCUGCUGUUUAAGGGGCCUAGCGGCGGUAGCGGCAUGUCGACCAUAUGGUAUGCGCCAAGUUUGCGGUCCUGGCGACUGGUUCAACCAGAGCCCGGAGUGUCGCCCUGCUGUACACCAGAGGCCUAGCUGUGGGCGUUUUGCCGAAUAAGAGGCUCACUGGAAAAACGAAUGUACGAAACGAAUGUAUUCCUAUGAAUUUUGUAAUAAGGGAUUGCUGUUGUACUAUCAUGCGGAUGAUUGGGUAGUUGUUGAGCAUGGAAGGUGGACAUUGUGGCUGUCGUUGCAAACCUUUGGCCUCGCUUGUGGCCAAACUUGCAAGUUAUGCCAUGGAUCGUGCUGUCCGGCGUUGCGUCUGUGACAAAUGGCAUUAGUAGCCAAACAUACGGACAUCGCAGUAUUCGGAAGGCCUAUGCUCUUCAUGCAUAAGUUGCUGGAGUCACAACCGGGAUCGUGUGGUUGUGUUCAUGUCAUGCCUCUUACUGGCUGUGUGCUGGUAAGGAGCAAGUGUGGCGGUACCAGGUAGUCGCUGAGGCGGCACCUGCUUGUAGUGUGCUUGCAGUAUGGUGCACUGAAAGGUUACAAGGUCACACUGUUACCGGUACAUGACAGCACCGAUGUAUAUAGCAGUACAGAUGGGGGUGGACGUAAAUGGCAUGUGGUCACCAAACGUUGUCGAGUUGAUAGCCGAGGAUGUUCAGCGCCGAAAG